UUGCGGCUCACUCCCGGAAAUCAGAAGCGUCCUUUUGCUGGCACUGUGGCUGGACUGGAUUGACUGGCGAGCGGCCGGGGCUGCGGCGGGGGUGGGGUGGCCAGCAUGGCGGCGGGCCCACGGGGGGCUCAGGCAAAGGUUCUGCAGUAUGAAACCUUCGUCAGCGACGUCCUGCAGCGAGACUUGAGGCAGGUGCUGGCGCAACGAGAAGAGGUGUACGGACAGCUGGCGGCUUACUUGCAGCUGAAGAACGUCCUGGAGCGGCUCCAGGAAUCGGGGGAUCAGAGGCUGCGCACACAGGUGGAUUUGGGGUGUAACUUCUACGUGAAUGCGGAAGUGCCAGACCCUUCCCGGAUAUUUGUGGCACUCGGCUAUGGCUUCUUCCUGGAACUGACAUUGAUGGAGGCCUUGAAGUUCAUUGAUCGGAAGAGCCACCUGCUCACUUCGCUCAGUGACAGCCUCACCCGAGAUUCGGUUAGGAUCAAGGCCCACAUCCGACUGGUACUAGAGGGCCUUCGGGAGCUGCAGGGACUACAGGAGCUACCAAAUGAUCCAGGACACUGAUGGGGAUGCUGAGAAUUUCCUUGCCCUAAUAAGACUGCUACUGAGGCACCAACUCUGUUACUUGAAAUCAGAAAUCCCUUUAAUAAAAGCUGGGAAUGAG